AGUGCCACGUCGGCUUUGAAGGUGUCCUGAAUUUGCCGGAGGCCAAAGUCCCCAAGCCUUCAUCUACAUUUUUAACUCUGUGAAGUCGGGAGCCUUUUCCCUGUUUUUGUGGGAACUUCUUUCCAGCCUCAGCAACAUGAGAGCUAUCUUGUGGAACGCGAUCUUGAUGCUGUUUGUUAACUCUCUGAGUGGGGCUCUGAUCCCGGAGCCAGAAGUAAAAAUCGAAGUCCUUCAGAAACCGUUCAUCUGCCAUCGCAAGACUAAAGGAGGGGAUUUGAUGUUGGUCCACUACGAGGGCUACUUAGAACAGGAUGGCUCUCUCUUUCACUCUACCCACAAACAUAACAAUGGCCAGCCCAUUUGGUUUACCCUGGGCAUCCUGGAGGCACUCAAAGGCUGGGACCAAGGCUUAAAGGGAAUGUGUGUAGGAGAGAAGAGAAAGCUCAUCAUUCCUCCAGCCCUGGGCUAUGGAAAAGAAGGAAAAGGCAAAAUCCCCCCAGAGAGUACACUGAUAUUCAACAUUGAUCUCCUGGAAAUUCGAAAUGGACCACGAUCCCAUGAGUCAUUCCAAGAAAUGGAUCUCAAUGAUGACUGGAAACUCUCUAAACAGGAGGUUAAAGUUUACUUAAAGAAGGAGUUUGAAAAGCAUGGUGCAGUAGUGAAUGAAAGUCAUCACGAUGUUUUGGUGGAGGAUAUCUUUGAUAAAGAAGAUGAAGACAAAGAUGGAUUUAUAUCUGCCAGAGAAUUUACAUAUAAACAUGAUGAAUUAUAGCAGUAUAAUUUCCAACUUUAUAUACCAUCUAUCUUUUUUUUUUUUUGUCAGUCAU